GUUUGUGUAAGGUGGUGUCGUGUAUGAUAAUCAUAUCUUGUGAGAGUGUUAUUGGUAAUGCAUCGUCCUGGGGGUCCCAGAGAUCACCGACGUCGUCUCUCCUGUGCCCUCUAACGCCGACCAUUCAGGAGGCAACCCGACCCCGUCCAGAUGCCGCUCAGCGAUGGUGGUCAGAAUGGCAGGAAUGGAUGAUCACGACAGGAAAAUCGUCAUAGAAUUUUGUCACUUGCUGGAGAAGUCCAAACAGCUAUUCAACGGGCUGAGAGACUUGCCGCAGUAUGGUCAUAAGCAGUGGCAAGCCUACUUUGGUCGGACAUUUGAUAUCUACACAAAACUUUGGAAAUUUCAACAACAGCACAGACAAAUACUUGAUACAAAAUAUGGUCUCAAGAGAUGGCAGAUAGGUGAAAUUGCUUCAAAAAUAGGCCAACUCUACUACCAUUACUAUUUAAGAACAAGUGAAACAAACUAUCUGAAUGAAGCUUAUUCAUUCUAUGCAGCAAUCCGGGGGCGGGCAUACUACUCAAGAGCUUCAAAAGAAGAUAGGUAUGACAAGAGAAAACAAAGGUCUGACUUGAUGGUCAAGAAGCUGCGAUAUUACGCUAGGUUUAUUGUCGUCUGUUUGUUGCUCAAGAAGAUGAAAUUAGUGAGAGAUCUUGUUAUGGAAUUAGACAAACAAAUUGUAGACUACACGAGUACUUACGAGCCGGAUGAUCAGCUGGAGUGGUCGCUAGUUCUGGAGGAAAUCAAGAGCUUCAUCAAGGCGGAUGGGAUCGUACAAGUCCUCCACGCGGACUCUAACACCAUUGUCUUGUCUCACAGGUUAAGUCCAUUAACAACUCCACCUGUAGAACGAACAACUAUGAUGAACUUGACUCUACAAGAAAUAUUAAUCAUUGGAAACUGCAAUGAUCAGGUCAAGUUCAGUGAGCUCACCAUGGACAUGUUUAGAAUGCUACAAACCCUGGAGAGAGAGCCUCAGGACGAGUUCAACCACAUCUAUGAUGCGUCGCCUGCCCCGGGAAGAGUGCCUUUUGAAAAAAGCUAUUCAGUGACUAGUACGAAAGGAGGGGUCGGCUAUCCUGUAGUGACGGGGUGUCAGGAGAACGGAGACCGUCCUCUCAAGAGGGAGAAUCCUCACAAGUACUUGCUCUACAAGCCUACCUUCAGUCAGGUCAUGGUGUUCUUGGCCUCAGGGUUCAAAGAGCUGCCUGCCAAUGGAGCACUGUUGCUGUACAUCUCUGCAGACGGCUGCUUCUCGUCCAACAAACAUGCGGAGGACAUGGGCUACGACCUGGGUGGAGUAAUCACUAGCAGUAAAAGGGAGAGUGACCAUGCGAACAAGAAAGGGAUGCAUCUCAAGGAAAUGCAUUGUCUGUAUCCAGGAGAUCUGUACCCGUUCACAAGAAAGCCAUUUUUCAUAAUCGUAGACUCGGACAAUAGCUUUGUAUUCCAAAACAUCCCCAGAUACUUUGGACAGCCGAUGGUUGUGCUCAUGUCGCCUCAAGAUGUUCCGCCAAACUAUCAAGACCAUCAGCACAACGGCAGCCUGUUCACAUUGUUCCUGCACAGUCCGCUGACAGCGUUCUGUUUCAUCUGCAAUAUCCUGACUGUGCCGAUCCACCACUGGGAGCGCUGCCAGUCCUUCAUAGACAGAUUCGUCACCGAAGCCAGCAGACUGUUUGGACGUAGUAGAAUAGACCCAGCAUAUCUUCAAUUCUUUGGAGACGAUUUCUUAAGAUUACUGCUAUUGAGAUUUGUCUUCUGUCACGUCGUCCUACAUCUUCAUAGAUCGUUCAAGGGAAGGCAGCUGAGACCGCGGUGUCAGCCACCAUUGCCAGACGCCGACCUGCUAGAACAUCCGGCCCUGCAACAUCUGGUGCUGGAUCUGGCGUCACACCUUGAGGUGCGGAGUCACUUUGAAGGCAACGAGAUGAUGGAUUGACUCACAGAUAUCACGCAGUUUGUCCAUACCUCCGAUGUUCUCAUUGUUACUUUAUCUAGUAUUUGGCUAAUGGAGAUUACGCUUUUUUGUACCUUUUCAGUUGAUGUAACAAAGCGAAAACAUGACAUUGAGAUGAUUCACCUAUGUAACCUUGCUGGCGUAAGAUUUUCUUGAUCAUAAUAAGUCUAGAUAGUAAAAUAAUGAGAGAAAGGAAUUGGCUUGAAAUGUCUAUUUUGUUUGUGGAUGAGGUUAAACAAUUACAAAACAAAAACAAAUUCAGAAACAUAAGCUGAUUAAUAAUGUUUCCAAAUUUUAUGUUUCUAUAAAUUUGUUUAGUAAGUGUGGUAUUGUAUGCCUUUUAAUAUAACUGAAAAUUUAUAGCUUAGAAAAUAAAUUUUUUCUGAUAACUAGACUCUAGACAAGAAUAAUAUUGAAAAAUAAUUUAUACUUACAAAAACUUUUUAAACAGUGUAUACAUCUAAUAAUGGCAAAAAAACUUAAUCCUGACUAAAUUUAAUCUUCUUCAAUCACGAUUACCAGAUAAUGUUUGUUACCUAUUACUAAUUUGAAACAAAAACAUGAAAGAGUUGAUAAAAACAUAGAAUUUUGAGUAUUUCGACAAAUGCUCCACAAUUUGGUUUAAACCCUACAAUAAACAUAAUCUGUAAAAUAUAUCUAGCAAUAUAGCUUUUAUAAAAAUUAUAUUUGUACUUUAUUCUUUGUUGAAUUUGGGUAAUCAUUUUUUUCUAAAUGGUGAUGGGUGAUGGAUGGCACUUGAAUAAGUAAAAUAUUUUGAAGAUCUCUUUGCUCAUUUGUCCUUAACAUGAAGUCGGUCUGUCAUGCCCGUAAACUGUUUAGUCUUAGUAACAAAAGACAAAAACAAAAACUUGUUAUGACUUAAAAUGCUAGAGAAUUAUAAGCAGUCUGUACAUUCCAGAUUUCCUUCCUUAAAAAUUGUUUAGCUACAGUUUCGAAACCAUAGAAAUCUUGUGCAAAAUGCUGUAUAAUCUGCUUUGUUUGAACAUAUCUUUAAAAUAUCACUCUCGACUCUUAAUAUUUUACUAAGCUGUAACUUAAAAGCCUCAAAUUAUGAUCUAUGAUUUUUAUUAGUAACACAACUUGAAACGUUUUACUUUUAUUAACUGUGCAAAAUGUAAAUGCAUUACUUUACAAAGCAAAACAUUUAUUUAAGUAAAAAAAGUACUUUAAUAGCUAUUUACCUUACAAGUGUAGUAAGAGCGUUUUUACAUCACGCAGGUGAAUGUUGUGCAACGAGCGGAAGCGAGUUGCAUAAUUUACCGAAGUGAUGUAAACACGCUCUUGCGUAACGUGUAACGUACAAGAUUUUACCUGACCCGACAAUAUACAGGAUGUUACGAACAAUAUUUUUCAUUAUCCAUUUCACUUAUCUUCUAACAGUAACGUUCAUUUACAAACAAAAGCUAGGUUAGGAAAUUUCUUAAAAACAUAUAGAUAUCCCAAGAACAAAACAACCUGCGCAGAAACGAAAAGAUCACGUGGUUCGCGCAGGUAGGUGUGGCGUAGCAUUCAAACCUGCGCGGCUCGAAACGGCCCAGGGUUCUUUUGUUUCUGGUAUUACUAUAACAAUAAAAUUCAAGCGCACAGCUGAUUUCUAGCGUUGAACGUCGUUGGCUCCAUAGAGGUAUAGGCCUAUAUUUUUAAGUUAUCCACUCAAUGUUAUUUAAAUGGGUUUCAUUACAUCACCGAGUGAGUUUUUCUCAACUUUACAUCACUCGAGAAGUAACGAAGUUAUAUACAUCACGCUUGGGAUAGGGAAGUUUAACAUGGCGGGUUAGGUAAAACAAUUUAGACAAUAUAUGUACCUAUGUUACUUAAAGAAUUGUAUACUUUAUAGUUUAAUUAUUGUGUCUAUUAUCAAACUACAAUAUUAUCAAAACCAGUAAAAUAAUGGAUUUUAUUUUGGGGAAAGGUGUGACAGUCUACCAAAUCAUACCCCAAUUGAUUCAAAUUCACCUUUAUAGUGUACAUUUUACUUACUUAACUUUUUCUUUAGAUUUUCAGGUAUAAAAAUUGUUGCUCCUAAAUUAUUAAAUUUAAACUUAACCACAGUAGAGGCUGAUUAUCCAACCCAACCUUAUGGAUCUGUUGAAGACAAUUUUAGGGUUUUUUCGGUUUUGUCAGAGAGUGCUUUGUUUUUAAUAUUUAUUUAUUCUCAUUCAAGCAAGUAUAAAAACAUUUUUUGACUACAUAGAUCAUUGUGUUUUUACAGACUAGAACUAAUAUGCAACCGACUGAAACACUUAUACAUAAAUAAUUAAAAUGUGUUAACACUAAAAACAAAUACUCCAUGCCAUAUGAAAAACUUAAAGUUGUGUAGCAUCCAAGAUAAGAAUCAAAAGGUUAACUCAGGGAAAAGUAAUCAAACAACUUUAUAUUUGUUGACCAUAACUAAUAAUAUAUUAAUAUUUGUUGACCCUUUAACUAUGGUUUGUGCCUUUAGGAGACUCUUUGUAGAAAAAUAUUUUUCAGGGAAGACCUCAUUGAAGUAUACAGUUGAUAGGAGUGUGGCUUAUGGUUUUCCUACAAGUUUCUGAUCCUUACUGUCUUUAUAUAUUGGUAUCAAUUAUUAUCCUUCAAUGUAGUCUUUAACUAUUAAGAUCUUGUCAAACGUUUUACAAGUAUUUUGACUCCUUUAUUCUAACAAACACAGACGUUCUUCUUCUCAUGGGGAUCAAUAGUCUGUGUAAAAACAGCUCUUUUGGGGUAUGAGGAUUGGCACAUGUCACAACAAACAUGUUAAGGCUAAGUUUGAGUUAAUUUAGUAGGGUUUGUAGUUUAUAACAAGGUUACUACUGAAAGCCUUACAAGAAAGAGAUCUGUAGUAAAUCCAAUACAGAAUAUUUUAUAACUAAGACAACUCUAGAACGUUAUGUCAUGUGAAUAAAGUCAUCAAGUGUUUACGCUCAUGUUAAUGUAAAAUACUUCACAUUUAGGUUUUUUUAGCGUUGAAACUUAUUCUAUAUAGCGAAACUGCUUUAAAUUCAUAUCCCUGUGCAUAAUUUUUCACAUAAUAGUAAAUAGUUCUAGUUAUAAAAGGGAGAAUAGGAAGUGUACAUACAUGGUCAGCAUCGUCUGUUGACAAAGAACAAGUCUAGAACGAGAUCAAACUUAAACUUCAGCUCGUCUGGAGAGAGGUAUAGAGGUGUUUUCGGCCUCAAUCGAGUCAAUAUUUAAAUAAAAAAUUGACUUCUUUAAAGCUUUAAUUUUUCGACACUACUAUAAUACUGUACAAAUAUUAUACUAACAGGUUGUAAAAUGAAUGCUAGGGUUCAAAUUAUCGAUACUAUAUUUAUACAAUAUACAUAAUAUAUAAAUAUAUACAUAUAUAAAUAUUUAUAAAUAAUAUAUCGAAGCUUUCUGUGUGGUGUUUCUCCUAAGCUGGCCAAGUCUUUGCUUGUUGAAAGGUCGGAAAACAUUUUGUCAAACCACUGCCAAUAUCUGUUUGGAGAGAAUUACUGCUACAUUCGUCGAGUCUCGGUAUAACUGUGGAAAAUUGUUUUGAUGCGCAUCAUACUAUUGAAGAUUAUUUGUAAAAAGGUCAUUAUAUAGGCUAAUUAAUAUUCUGUUAACUAAUUAUUCCCAGGAUGGAUUGUUACAUCUUUUGAUUUACAACAUAUCAAUUAUUUAUCAUAACUAAAAUAUUAAACAUCCAAAUUUAGUCAGUUUUUAGGGUACACUUUGUGCCAUCUUUUAACAAUGAAGAGUGUAGCAUUAGUUCUCCAUCAGCCGAGCUAUAAUUAAUUGCUAGAGAGUGAACUUGGGUUUAUCAUCUCACUUCAGUGUCCGUCUCUUGAAUAUGUUAAGCUACAGAAUUCUCAAUACUGAUACAGUACCUCUAAUAACCUCUAAUGUUGAUGUAUUGGAAACGAUACAUGUCUCUUUUCCUAUUGAUCUAUACGUUUUAUUGUGUUGAAAUGUAACCUAAACAAAACGGCUUCAUUUAUGUAAUCAUGCUAAUCCUAUAUCAGUUCCCUUGGAGACAUACACUGAUGCCCAAGUUCUCUUACAAGAUCUACUGUCUGAACAUUCUCAAUUUGUAUUAUAAAGUUUCACAAUGAUUUCGAGCAUGAAAUCUCCCAUGUAUAUAUCAUAAUGUAAAAUUAUAAUUGAUUUUGACUAAUACUUAAUUUCACUCAAAAUGUUAU